CGCAGUGCAAAAAACAAAAAUAUUUGGUAUGAAUAAAAAUUCUGAGCAGCGAAUCUGAUCGAGAAUCAAUUGAAAACGAAACAAAUAACAAUUUGAAAAUGAAGAACGAAAAAAACGAGGGAUUCGUACAUGGAAAAAAAAGAAAAGCGAAAAUGAAGGAAACGAGCCUGUUCAAGCUGAUUUCGGGUUAUCAGAUUCAAAUGACCUUUUUGGAAAAGAUUGGUCAGGAGAUAAGAUGGUAAAACUUGUGGAUCAAGUUUAUUGUAAGGAUUCCGAAUUGAAACCUGCUCUGGCAAUGGCUUCACAAGCUUCUCAUCUUGCUCGAAGAUUAAUUGUCGGUGUUUUUAAACCUUCUGGCUAUUUGAACUGUACAUUCACUGGACAAGCUGCACGUGCUCAUCAAAAUAAACCGGGGAACAAUCAACUCGUAAAGCCGUUAAAUGAAAUUGCCAAAAAUGAAAUUUUGAAUUUUGCUAUGAUGCGAGCAGAGAAAAAAGGAUGGAAAAACAAGGAUGGCUUACUUCAGACUGAAAAAGAAGUACGUCAUGCUAUGUCGCAGAAAAUUGGGGAGCUUAAAAGAAAACAUGAAGCCAACGAAAAAAUGGCUCAAAAAAAUAAAUCGUAAAUAGUUCCAUUUCUCUCAUUUUUUUCGCGAAGGUAAUCGCCGUUUCAAUU